AUGAAAGAAUACAUUGUAGAUAGAGUGGAAGGGUCAUUUUCGCAGUUGAUUCUCUGCUCACAGGCAGAUAAGAUUGAUUUUUCCGAGGAAAGUGCUGUUGGUAAAAUUGAUGGGAUAGUCAGAAGCUUCAUUGAGACUGUAGAUAGAACAUUUACGAGUGCUAUGCUUACCCAUAUAAAGACAAUGUUUUACAGCAGAAUUCUAGGGGAAGUGUACUAUGCAAUAGAGUCGGACUUAGAAGAAGCAGAGAUUGAGCACUGGAGAACACUUUUGCAGACACUUUUGGACUCUUCUAGCAGACUGGGAGAAAAUAUUGAUUUUUAUAGCCAAAUAGAAGAGUUGCACAGAGUUUUCGCAUAUUCUGGGUCUGCCACAGAUUUUUUAGAGGUGUGCGACCGGUCAUUGCAUGUUCUUGGAAAGGAAAUGAUGCGGGAUCUUAUCCCAUAUGUCUUUUCAGAGGCAGAGGUGGCAAGAAUACUGUUAAAUAAGCUGGAGAAGAAAGACAAAAAAGAGUAA